CCGAAGCGCUUGGAUUUUGCUUCCGGGUCGUAGGCGCUAGCUCUGGGCGCAGAGGUUUCUGGGAGCCAAGAGUGGUAAUGGCGUCCGUAUGAUCUUCGGAGCCUGCUGCAUCGGACCUCGGCCAGUCAUAAAAGAUGACAACAGCAGCCAGGCCAACCUUUGAACCUGCAAGAGGUGGAAGGGGAAAAGGAGAAGGUGAUUUGAGCCAACUUUCAAAGCAGUAUUCAAGCAGAGACCUACCCUCUCAUACAAAGAUAAAAUACAGACAGACUACUCAGGAUGCCCCUGAAGAGGUUCGUAACCGUGACUUCAGGAGAGAGUUGGAAGAAAGAGAGAGAGCUGCUGCAAGAGAGAAAAAUAGGGAUCGUCCAACCCGAGAACAUACAACCUCCUCUUCAGUGUCAAAAAAGCCACGGUUAGACCAGAUUCCUGCCGCCAACCUUGAUGCCGAUGACCCUCUAACAGAUGAGGAAGAUGAAGAUUUUGAAGAAGAAAGUGAUGAUGAUGAUACUGCAGCUCUUCUUGCAGAACUGGAAAAAAUUAAAAAAGAAAGAGCUGAAGAGCAGGCCAGGAAGGAACAAGAACAAAAAGCUGAAGAAGAGAGGAUUCGUAUGGAAAACAUUCUGAGCGGAAACCCUCUCCUUAAUCUCACUGGCCCAUCCCAGCCUCAGGCCAACUUCAAAGUUAAAAGAAGGUGGGAUGAUGACGUUGUCUUCAAGAACUGUGCAAAAGGUGUAGAUGACCAGAAGAAAGACAAAAGAUUUGUAAAUGACACACUGCGAUCUGAAUUUCACAAAAAGUUCAUGGAGAAAUAUAUUAAAUAGUACAGUUUUAUGUGCUUAAUUAAAGACUGUAAAACGUAAA